AUGGCUAAGACUAAGGUCACUGUCCCAAAAAAUACCCACGUCGAGAGCAAAGCUGACAUCAAAAAGAAGAUCCAAAUGCUUGGAGAUGAAUACAUCACAGCCAUGAAGGCUCAUCAGAAGGCGUCGGAGGAUGUGAAAACACUCCAACAACAAAAAGAGGCCAUGGAGAAGAGGAUUCAGCGAAUGACAGCACUUCAUCAGAUGCAUCAGAAGCCGAAGAUUCAGAAGCCGAAGCCAGCAUUCCAAAAAAAGAAUCAGGAGAAGGAAGAGGCACUCAAGAGGAUUCAGAAGCAAUUGAAGAAGGUGUUGAAGGUCGAGGAGUCGGCGAAAUAUGAGAUGGAAGAGGCUGAAGCGUCCUGGAAGUUUGAGGCCAUGUGUUCCGGAGAAGCUUACCAAGAGGACGGCCAGUGGAAGUGGCGGGAGUGA